ACACACCACCAUAAACAGAAAAUACAGAGUGAAGUUCACAGCUAGCUAGAGAGAAAGCAAUUAAAACAGAGAGAGAUUCAGAAAGGAGAAUCAGAUAUAUAUUCGGAGGCAGCCAUGAAGGACAUGAUUCUUGAAUCCCUUUUACAAGCAGCAUUCAAAGAGUAUUUACAUAAGGAGGUUCCAAAAAUCAAAAUGUCCACCCGAGAAGAAGAGAAGAAUGGGGAAAUCCUAGAAGGACAUAUGGACCUCGACAUCACGAAGUGCUUCGGAGAAACACGAGCCAAUUUAUCUAAAACGAUUGCCAAUUAUGUGGUGAAGCUAGAUCAAAACAAAUCACGUUGUUUAGGAUUCCCUGUUAACCAGGAAUUUGACUAUGAUGCAUUGACACCGUUGUUGCAUUAUCACUUAAAUAAUGCUGGUGAUCCAUUUCUUGGGAGCGGCUAUGGUCAAAAUUCAGCAGAAUUUGAAGUUAGUGUGCUUGACUGGUUUGCCAAACUAUGGCAAAUGGAGAAGGGUGAAUAUUGGGGAUAUGUUACAACAGGUGGAACCGAAGGAAACUUACAUGGAAUUUUAAUGGGGAGGGAAAAAUUUCAAGAUGGGAUUCUAUAUACCUCAGAGAACUCGCAUUAUUCAUUAUUCAAAAUUGCAAUGAUGUACAGAAUGCAAUGUGUAAAGGUCAACACAUUGACCUCUGGCGAGAUUGAUUGUGCUGAUUUAAAGGCUCUACUUCUAUCUCACAAGGACAAACCAGUCAUCAUCAACCUAAACAUAGGAACAACCAUGAAAGGAGCUAUUGAUGACAUUGAUCUCGUAGUCCAAACACUUGAGGACUGUGGCUACCCUCGUGAUCGAUUCUAUAUCCAUUGUGAUGGAGCUCUUUCUGGAAUAAUGUUACCAUUUCUUAAACAAGCUCCAAGGGUUAACUUCAAGAAGCCCAUUGGAAGUAUAUCUAUUUCUGGCCAUAAGUUCUUAGGAUGUCCAAUUCCUUGUGGUGUUAUAUUAACAUGUUCAGAACAUGUCAAUGCUCUUUCUAGAGACGUUGAAUACAUUGAAUCAAGGGAUGUCACAAUCACAGGUAGUCGAUGUGGGCUUGCAGCAAUCUACCUCUGGUAUGCUCUCCAAGAAAGAGGUUUAAUCGGACUUAAGAGAGAAGCACAAAUGUGCAUCACAAGUGCACAGUACUUACUGGAUAAACUACAUGAUAAUGGUAUUGGUGCAAUGCGAAAUGAGUUUAGUAAUACAGUUUUAUUUGAAAGACCUCCAGAUGAUGACUUUGUGCGAAAGUGGAAUUUGUCUUGUGAAGGAAAUAUUGCACAUGUGGUUGUGAUGCAACAUGUCAAAAUUGAAAUGCUAGACUCAUUUGUAAGUGAACUUGUUAACAAACGGAAAGUUUGGUUUCAAGGCGGACAGAAAAAGUCUCCUUGCAUCGCGAACAAUGUUGGUGGGAAAAAUUGUGCUUGUGCACUGCAUAAUUAUUCAUUUUGACAGGGAAUGCCUUGGAUAUUACAAAUGUAAUUGACAAGAUGGAUGUACUCAUGAAUUGUUAUACUUCCUUUUAUAAAUAUUCUUAGAUAUAA